AUGAAGGCGGACUACACUGCGCGGGCGUCGAAGACGCGCGGUGGGCAGAAGGUGGGCGGGGUGAGGCGCGAAAGCGCGGGGCAGGGCAUGUCAAUGAGCGAGGAUGAGUUCCAGGCAGCACAAGUGCGGCAACGGAGGAGCAAGAGCUGUGCAGGACCGCUGGAAGGGGUGCAGGAGCGCGUGUUGCGCGCACAUACGAGGCAAGCGAAGGAAAAGCGAAAGUCCGAGGUGCUGAUUGCGGCACAAUCGCUGGAUUACGAGUUACAGAAUGUCAAGAAUCUGAAGCGGAUUUCCAUAGGCUCGAUGGAUCUUCUGAUGGACCCCGAGAUGGAAUUUCGGAUGAACGGUGCUGCGGUCUCCCCCUCGGCCUCGCCGCGCAACAGUUUGACGGAGGAGUCGCUGGAGUGGUUUCAGCUCAGUGCUGAACAGGAGCAGGGUGGAGAGCUGCCACUACAUGCGGAAUCCAUCGAUGCACACUCAUCAGCAGGCGGUAGUUCAGACACUGCACGUGAUGAGCUGCUCACCUCCGCCAGCAGUGUAGUCCCGUCUGAAGAAUUAAGUUGCAGCCAUCCUUUAUCGCCUCCUGCAGCCGCGAAAAAGAGCACGCUUAUGUCAAGUAGAUCUAAAUUGGGGCGGCAGCAUACCGAUACCACGCAUACAAAGCAAGCGACCGGCGAGCCGUUUUCAAGCAAUCUACUGUGGGUGCGUGCAGACCAGCAUCCCAACGUGAAGCCGGAAAACUACCUUGAACUUGUGCACGACACCUUGAAUAAUCUACGUAUCGGCGCGAGGCACGGUAGAGGCGAUAGUCCGGUGCAGCAGAGCAAUACGCCCGUGGCCAAUGGUGAAAGUAGCACCGCCUCUGCCAGGUCUCUGGUGCGUAAACAGUCGAGACUUCGGAAGUCAUUCACAGAAGUGGAAGCUAUAGAAGAGUCACAGUUCACAGAUUCUAUCGGUAGUGAAAUUCCAGUUGGUAAACGCAUGCGAGUGUCGUCAUUGAAGGAAAUAACCGAAGAGCUGACACGAAUUUCUAACAAUGCAGGGUUGACAGAUAGCGACGCGAUUACUCUCGCACGGACGUUAGGUAUUGGAUCGCAAUCUGCUGAUGAGCAUGCAACCUUUUCUGAGUGCGUGCCAAGUGCAGAAGCAGAAGAAAAUGAGUAUGCGUCCAGCAUAUUAGCCAAAAAUGGGCUUGCGAUUCCGGCUCGGUCCUCCCUCAGGCGUAGCAAGUUCACCACAUACCGCAUUCGGUCUGCGGGAAGCGAUAGCUCGCCCCCAGAAAACAAAUCGACGUCAUCUUCAUCAUUAGCAGCAGCAUACGAAAGGAAUAGUAGGAGUCCAAAGAUGCAAAAGGCAGCGUUUAAAGGUUCGCAUCCACGUCUGUCGGGUGAGAAUACCAGUCUUGCUCCACAGUCUCCCAAUUCAAUCAAUGAUAUUUAUGAUCACUACAAUACAUCAGAUACCGAUGAUGGGUCGCCGGAACUUCAAGGCUCACCAGUGACCCACACUUCAGAUGCAAGUUUCACUUCUUCGCCAAACAUAGCAUCUGGUGAACACUGCGCCAGAAAUGCUCAUAAGAUAUCACCUAUAUCUGUGUCCCAAUUAUCUGCCACAUCUUCGUCUUCAACUUCUCCUGGAAGCUCAAAAAGUGCUGAGAGUACGAAGUCUUGGACCUUUGAUCAAAAAUCACCUCUUCGGAGUAUCACUCUAAACUCUUCUACAAAAGGACAUAAGAUAUCCGCUGAAAAAAAGAAGGGUUGGAGUUGGUUUGGAAAUAGUAGGAGGCCUUCCUCGGAGUCGGUGCUUCUGCCGGGUACCGAUUCGGAGGGUUGUCCCAUGGACGAAUCCCAACCAAUACAGUCCGAAGAAUAUCCUUUAAAGCAUCCAAUUUCACCGGUCUCUGAUGAAACGCCUAGGAGAGGGAACCACUCGAGGAACCGUCACCAGACUUCAUCACCCGAGGAGUUAGAGAUUGGAUGGACUGAAACAUCUUUGACUACACUAGAUGGUGACACUGAACAAGAUGGGAAGCCACAACAUCCGAAGACAAAGGAGAAGUUAGAGAAGAAGUUCAUGAAGAUAUUUAAAAAAAGAUCGGGUACAGGGCUCUCACAAGAUACCCCAAAUCAAGGAGAAGAAAGCUCGUUAAAGGCCACCUCGAGGAUUCGAAGAAGCCGUGAAUCCAAGCGACAAACCGAUGAACCUUCCGCCAGCUUGACAACAUCUGUUUCUCUGAACAAUCAUAAUAAUGGCAGAAAGUCGGUUUCAAUUUCCAGGCCAACCUGGCAGCGAACUGAGAGUUCCUAUAAUGGCGAUAAAGGUAAAGGCUCUAUAACUAGCCUCCAGCCCGCUGUUAGUGUGACGAGUUCAAGGGAUUCGCAUGAACAGACGCGCCAAGAUCCCCAACCACAAAGCCUAGUAACUAAGAUGGAUGGUUCUUCAUCGAAUGGGGUUACGGUAUCUUCGCAGCGAGCAGGCUUUUCAAAGAAGGGUCGCAGUAAAACUAGCCAUUCAAGGUCUAAAUUGUCCACUUCACAUGACAUCGCACCAGUGGACAAUCGGCCCUCAGAUGUGGAUCAGAAAAGUACGGAGGCUAAUAACACAUUGUCUUCCCGCGCCGAAGAUAGCCAUCCAUCCUUAGAUCCAGGCAAGUCAGCGCUCGGACCUGGGGAGAUAGCCCAUAGCUUGCCUCCUCGUAAACUUCGAUUCGACGAUGUGCUUCGGCCUGAGAAACCGAAUUCGCCCAUGAAAUUUACUCCUAGCGCUUUCGGAUUUCCGCUUCCUCCUUUGACUGUUUCUACUGUGAUUAUGUUUGACCACCGACUGCCUAUCUAUGUUGAGCGUGCCAUAUACAGGCUGAGUCACUUGAAGCUGAGCGAUCCAAAGCGGGAACUACGGCAACAAGUUCUACUCAGUAAUUUCAUGUAUUCUUACUUGAAUCUGGUAAAUCAUAGCCUAUAUCUGCAACAGAUAGAGGAGGAUAAAAACCAAGGCAUUCAAUUUGAGAGCACAGACAACAUGGCAUCUUCCAGUGGUGUGGUUCCCGAGAAGUGGUGA